AUGGACUUAACAGAAUCAGAUGUUAUUGUUAUUCCUGUAUUAUCUGAUGAUGCUCCAAGAAAUCUAACAGAAAAACCCGAAUCAUAUGAAGAUAAAUCUGUACCAAUUAAUAUGAAAAUAAGUAAUUGGACAAAAGUCAAAGCUGCUAAUCGUCGUAUAUUACCUCGAAAAUCAAUGGGAGAGGUAAAAUUAAGUAAUAUUAUUGAUGAACUUAGAAAACUUGCAAUUGAAGUACAAGAAAUUCAAGAAGAUGAUAAAAUAUCAGCAAAUAAUUCAAUAAAUUCGUUGAGAUUAUUUCGACGACGUUUAGCAAGUUUUCUUCAAAAAACAAAAUUUCAUUAUGUUAUUAUUUUAUUAGUUUUCACAGAUUUAAUUGUCGUUCUAGUGGAUUUAGUUCUCGGAGAAAAUAUUAAGAUGCAUGUGUUUAUUAAUUUAGCUCAAUUGUCAUCACCUUGUUUAACAGAGGAAGAAAUGAAAUUUUACAAUACAACUGAACAACGCGAUACAUGUUUACUCAAUCAUUCAAUUUAUUUAGUUCGUGCUGAUUUAUUUCUUUUUUAUUUUUCUGUCUUGUUACUUAUUACGUUUGUUUUGGAAAUUUUUAUUUCUUUUUAUGCUUUUGGUUGGAAAUAUUAUAUGAAUCCAAUAUAUAUAGUUGAUAGUAUAAUUGUAUUUUCUUCUUUUAUUAUGGAAAUGUAUUUUCAUUAUGGAAAUAUUGGAAGAGCUGGACGAGCUGCUGCAGCUAUUGUUAUUUUACGUUUAUGGAAAAUAAUUCGAGCUAUUCAUGCUGUUGCACAUUCUAUAACACUUAAAAAUCGUGUAAUGAUAAAAAAAAUUCAAGAAGCUAGAUUAUUAUUAGAAGAAGAAAAACAACAAACAGAACAAUUAUUAGAAAAACAAGAAAUUAAAAUAGAAUAUUUCAUUAAGAUAUUGACUAUUUCUGGAAAAUUACCAUCUACAACUCAAAUUGAUAAUCAUGUAAAUAGUAUGUGGGAACAAAGAAAAAACAAUACUAUAAAUAUGUUAAAGCAUUAA